GUGUGAGAGUGAGUGAAUCCUCUCCUGCCCCCUGGGACUGCAAACCUGUUUAAUACCUGGCCAAGAGGCUUCUGCCUCUGCAUGCAGGUAACCGGGGGCAAUGGGACAGGAAGUGAUGCGGGGGAAGCAGCCGAGCGUGCCAUUUGUGGAAAGGGAAUAUUCUUUACCCCAUAAUUCUGGUUCUCCCAUUGGUUGUGCAAGUCGUGACAGGGAUUAAAGGAGUAUAAAGCACACCAGACUUUCACUGUAAUCCACACACCUGAGGAAGAGACAGUCUGAGGACGGCCACUCUUAGAAAACCACAAGAUGUCAGGACCGAAACAGACAGUAACCGCCUUCUCCACCACUCUGGUUGCAAUGUUGCUCAUCCUCUCCACCGUGACUCAGUCAGCAGAACCUUCAGACAACCUUCAACCAACACAACGGACACUCAGCCUGGACCUUGCAGAGCCCGCGAACACUGCACUACCUGUAAAUGGUAGUGAUGCGGAGGAGCCUCGUGUUCUGAGGAUGUCAAAACCCUGUAAAGACGAAGAUGCUGACUACUGCCUGAACGGACAGUGCAUGUACCCACCUGACAGCGAUACCCCUGCCUGCACGUGUGACGUGUCCUAUAGCGGCCCUCGCUGUGGUCUGUUGACCCACCAGGCGACACAGUGCAAGUUUGCCGUAGCAGAGGAGGUGAUUGGCAUCUGUGUGGGCGUGGCCUUGCUCGUCUGCUGCCUCGCUGUCGUUCUCUACUGCUGCAUCAAGAGAAGGUGUGAAAAAAAAUAUCUUCCCUAUAAGACCUACGGUGGCUCGGAGAACUCAGUUUAGUUUGAUCCCUCUGUUUCUUAUUCAUCACCAUCAUCAUCACCAUCAUCACCAUCACAAUAUCUUCCCAUAACAAAUUAAGGCUAUUUAUUGAAAUAUCUAAAAAUAAGUUAUUGUUUUUUUUUAAAUGUUAACAUGUAUUUAAUUUUUUUUUGUAAUAAAUGUUUUUAAAUCAAAUGAC